AAGAUGUUGGAUAAGGAAACGCGGUCUUUUUGAGUUAUAAUGUGUAACGGAUUCGAGAUCUCAUGUUGGGUUUUGUCAUUGCGGAUAUGCAGUUCUCUUAGUUGGUAACUAUCACUGUUUGUUUUCGACUGCCUUUAUUAUUAAACACUUCUAAAACUGUUAAUUUGGUUAAUCUAUUUUGAAUAUUCCAAAGCUUACAUGGCUUCAGCACAGGUUUAUCGUUUCCAACAACGUAUAUCAAAUCUUCAAUCUCAUCAUAAACUUGCAUCGAUUCGACAUUGUGAGGCUGUUAGUAACUAUAUCAGUCAAAACAAUGAAUUGAUGAAAUCUUUGAUGGCUCAUUUAAAGGGGCCAGAUAAAAGUGUGAAAAGAACUAAAAGGAUUACAAAACCUCGGACAACACAUCCACAGUUAGCGAAAUCUGCACGUUUUUCUGCCAAGUCAUAUGCUAUGCAGUCAACUGUCGAGCAAUUAAACGCCAUACAUCACCAUUCAUUAUACAGGCAAAAAAACUUUGUGAACCAAUGUUUGCCUGAAGAAACAUGGAAUAAUUUCGGUACACCGGCGACUAAUGAUGAUCCUUCUGUGUGUAAUUCCAAAGAACCGAUAUUUCCACCACCGACAUAUACAGAACCAAGUUUAAAUUGUGAACCACGCAUACUUGAUGAUUGCUUGUGGGAAAUAUGGAAUGGAGAUAAUAAUGUUCUUCAAAGCAAGCACCAAAUGAGAACACAAACAAGUUAUACCUCGUGUGAUAAAAUAUAUUCAGGUGAUACCCCAUCUUCUAUCUAUAACGGUGCUCAAGAGAAACAAUAUUGGAGUCGUGAUGACGUGUCACUCGAUAUUAAGCAGCAGACAUUAAGUCGCAUUCCUGGUUAUAACAUACCAGCUGCACAACCAAGAGAUUCUUACUGGUUGAAACAAUCCACUUCCUAUGGCGAACCCAAGCACUUACUUCUUGUCAAUAAGCAUGAUAAUUUGUAUCGUAAUGAGCCGUUGAGUACUGCACAAAAUCCAUUCUCUCAUAAUCUGAACGUCAGUUGUAGGAAUAGUAAUUCUUUACUGACUAAUCAAAUGACCAAUUAUUCAGCUGAGUUUUGUACAUCGAAUUCUAGUUACGAGCUAACCGGGUCGUCAAAAAACCAUAUUAAUCCUAUUCUAGUAUCUACUUAUCCGUCGGUAGGAUCUGACAUAAACUCUUGUCGAUCAGCAAUUUUUGAUCCUGAUGAAUGUUUUAGGCCGUAUUAUGAUUGUACCUCUUAUCAUCCAUCCGGAAGCAACAAUAAUGGUAGUAGCAGUGGUGGUGAUAAUAGCAGCACCAGUAAUUAUCAUUUUUAUCGAGCAGAUCUGAGCGCCCUACAGUCAUAAACAUCAAAACAAUCAAUGAUAUGAAAAUCUACUGUAGUUCCUUUACUCAACUUUAAUUUAUGUGCACUUGUGUUAUAUUCUUCUGUUUUUUAUAUUUCCCCUUGUAAGUUUUUCCAUUUGAUUUCUAAUUGAGAUAAAAUCAUCAAGAAUGAGUUUUGUGAUACACAUUAAGAAAAAGAAUUGGACAAUUCGUUUUGUCAAACUAAUAUCUUUGUUUUUCGCUAACCUGAUUUCUAUUUGUUCAUAUGAUUAUACAUGUAUGUACACCAUAACUGAAAUGUACAGUUUCAUUCAAACUGGAAUAUAUAAAUAAUUGAUAAGAGAAUAUGAAUGAAUCAUGAUACAGAUGGUAGUUGGAGGUAGUCAACAGGAAACCCUGGACCCGGGUUUCGUGCUACUUGGCACUCGUCAGCAAGGUGUACCUGUAAUCUUGAGGGAACUGGUGCUCCCUGGCGGAUUCGAUCUCGUGUCACCCAGAUUCACAGUCAGAGACGUUACCACUGAGCUAUCCGAGCCGUGACUAACCUCCUGUAGGACUGAGAUGUAAUCACAAUUGAUUGAUCACUGGGUGGUGAUCAAUGUCAUGCUUGUCUAGUCCUUAUUAGUGCAGAUCGAAUGCUAUCGA